GCAGCCUGUCCCGGAUGACAGUGAACAAGAAGCCGGACGUUCCGUGGUUUGGCCCGCUGUCGGACGAAGUCGUCAUGGGUUGUUCCGGUUUGGCGAGCUUGGUACGUAUUUCGGCCAUCAACGUGAGUCGCGCCAAGCGGACGUCCCCCUCGCUGUACCAGAAGUACUACGUGGAGAUUCUGUACCGAAAACUAACGCCUGUUGCCGAUCUCACCGUCCAUGGACAAACACUCGACAUUCCGCACGGAAGACGAUUCGAACCGUAUCUUUACGGCGCCCAUUUUCAGUCCCAUUUCGUCGCAGAGUACGGUCACGGCUGGUGGUGGUGGCAACACAGCAGGAUCUACAAUCGGAAAUGCCCGCUGGCUGCAGCUGAUUUCUGAUCGCCACCGGAACAAACAAAA